AUGGUCUGUUCGCAAGCAGCUCCAAAGGUCCCUGGGGUUCGCCAACUUUUAUCCAUGGCUACAGCACUGUGGCCGCACCCCUCACGGCACUCACCUCCUCCAAAGUUCCUUUCCGGUGGUCUGCCAGGUCCGACGAAGCUUUUCAGACGCUCAAGACAUCGGCCCCCAUCCACCAAGUUCCGGACUCAGAGAGACAGUUCGUGGUGGAGGUGGACGCCUUCGACGUGGGGGUGGGAGGUGUUUUGUCCCAGCGGGCUGCCGGGGAACUGGAAGCUCCAUCCAUGCGCCUUCUUCUCCCGACGCCUGACCCCUGCUGAGAGGAAUUAUGAUAUUGGCAACCGAGAACUGUUGGCAGUUAAGUUGGCGUUGGAGGAAUGGCGUCACUGGCUGGAGGGAACCAAGCAGCCUUUCUUGGUUUGGACUGAUCACAAGAACCUUGAAUACCUCCAGUCAGCCAAGAGGCUCAACUCUCGUCAGGCCCGCUGGUCUCUCUUCCUCACCCGCUUCAACUUCUCCCUCUCCUACCGACCCGGGUUCCACAAUGUGAAGCCUGAUGCUCUCUCUCGGCAGUUCUUGGAGAAGGAGGAGCCUGACUCCCCAAGACCAUCCUCCCGUCCUCGCACCUGGUUGCCUCCCUCACCUGGGAAGAGGAGGAGAAGGUCAAGGCGGCCUUGGAGAACCAGUCGGGACCCAGCGCAUGUCUUCCUGAUCGCCUGUAUGUGGUUUCUGCCCUGCUUUCCGACGUCCUUCAGUGGGCCCACAGCUCUCGACUCACCUGUCAUCUCGACAUCCAGCGGACCAAGGAGAUGGUUCUACAGAGGUUCUGGCGGGCAUCGCUGGAGGAGGAAACUCGGGAGUUUGUGAACGCCUGUCCCGUCUGCAACCAGCACAAGGUCUCACACCAAGCUCCUGCGGGUCAUCUGCUUCCACUGCCUGUACCCCAUCGACCCUGUUCCCACAUCUCCCUGGACUUCGUUACCAGCCUGCCCCCAUCUAGUGGUCACACCACAAUCCUGACCGUGGUCGAUACAUUCAGAAAGGCCACCGCGAUGCCUGUCGUCCGGAUUCCAUCCCCAGUCCAACGGCCAAACUGAAAGGAAGAAUCAGGAGAUGGAGACGGCGCUGCGGUGUAUGGUGUCCAAACACCCCUCCUCCUGGUCCCAGCAGCUGUUAUGGGUGGAGUACGCCCACAACACCCUGACAAGCUCGGCCACGGGGCUGUCCCCUUUCCAGUGUGCCUACGGGUACCAGCCUCCUCUGUUCCCGGCGCUGGAGAAAGAGGUUUCCUGCCCAUCCGUCCAGGCCUUAAUUUGUCGCUGCCGCAGGACAUGGACCCAAGCCAGGGCGGCUCUUCUCCGCCCUGUGGAUCGUUACGCCACGGCUGCCAACCGUCACCGCACCCAGGCCCCCACCUACCUCGAGGGCCAGAAGGUGUGGCUGUCGACCCGGGACCUUCCCUUGAGGGUGGAGUCAAAGAAGUUGGCACCCAAGUUCAUCGGUCCCUUUGAGAUCCAGAAGGUCAUCAACCCAGGGGCGGUGAGGCUCAAGUUGCCUCUUUCCAUGCGGGUCCAUCCUACGUUCCAGUCCCUCCUCCUGCACCCCCUUGUCUCAUCGACGGAGGUCCCGCCUUUAUGGUGCACCGCCUCCUGCGCUGUCGCGGAAGGGGUCUCCAAUACCUAGUCGAUUGGGAGGGUUACGGUCCAGAGGAAAGGUCCUGGGUCCCUGUUCGGCACGUCCUGGAUGCCCACCUCAUCAGGGAGUUUCACCGGCGUCAUGCCGACCAGCCGUCCAAGUCCGCCACUCCCAGAGGGGACGCUGCCCUUGAGACUCUGUCCCCUAUUCCGUCUGAGGCACCCAGCGACGGCAAGACAGAGGAGGAACCCCCCGAAGAUGAAGACACUGAGCUACCCUCGGAUGCUACAGAGGAGGAGUCAGACAUGGAGGUUUCAGACGAAUAUUAGCCCUCUUCCGGUCCCCCUCCUCCCACCUGAUUCUGCGUAGGAUUGGGGUUUUUGUUUUGGGGACAUCAGGAGCCUUCCCUUGAGGGGGGGGCGGGGGUUCUGUCACAGUCUGCCCUCUUCCUUAAUGUUUUUUUUUUACAAAAAAAACCCAACUAAAUACUUUUAUGGUCUCAUCACAAUUCAACUUAGGGCAGCAUUUGUUUCCACUUGUUUAAAAAAAAAAAAAAUAAAUGACUAGCUUGUGCGCUGAGUAUAUAUUUUCCUGUCAGCUUCUCACAAGUAUGUUUAACGCUCAUUGUGUUGAUCCGUUCUUUCGUAUUUUACACCUGACAGACGUCGGCAAGGCCUCGGUGAGUCACUUCGAACGCAUCAUUGGUAGUUCACACAUAUCGAGCGAGUGCUGAUUUGUGAGCCCCGAGUCUUUAUGUCUUUAAGACGAUCCUGAAGCACAGUAGUUUGUUGAUAUUUGACCCAAACUGGCAGGCUAACACUCUAAACAAGGUGUAAACCAAGAUAUUUCUUUCAGGCGCCAUAUUGAUUAUUAGUAAUUAAGGCAACCAAUAACUGAUAUUUGGAUCUGAUACAUUUGCUAUAAAAAUUUUAAUCUUGUGUCAAACUCAAAGAAUAACACAAAUAUAUAUAUGCAAUUAUCAGUUGUAUGCAGUGGCUACAAAGUGCCUGACUGGAACUUUUCGGUUGCUUUCUGUGCAGUCCCCAUGAAAACAACGUUUAUCCAGUGAAAUACCAAUGAUCGCCCAAAAGAUGUUUUUUGAUGUAAUAGUUCGGUGAUAUACCUUUGUCAUCCGACCCCUUCCCACUUUUGAAACUGUUACAGUGAAUUUUACUCAACAUAUUUUAAUUCACCUCCAUAAUAUUUAUUAGUACAUUCUAAGUAAUCAGACUUGAAUAAUGUUUGAAGUUCCAGUGUAUUGUCUCAUUUCCAGUAGCAUUUGUUUUGCUGCUCUUACUCAACCCUGUCACAGAUAGUUAUACAAUAAAUGGUCCACAUUC